UACCAGUAUAUAUUCUUCCCCUCCCCCCUUGUUUCUUUGGGCAGGUGCAGAUCAAACAAUAAACACAAACCCAUCUCUCUCGUCUCUCUCCAUCUCUGUCGUCUGCAUCUCUCUCUCUCCCUGCCCCUCCCCAGUUUUCCAGAAACCCCGUUCGUUUUUUAACUUCAUUUAUUUGUAUAUUUCUCUUCAACAACAUCCAUCAUCAUCAUCAUGCCUUCCUUGGAGGAAGAAUUGUUUCCAUCUACACCUGGGAAAUUUAAGAUUGACAGGUCUUUUCAUUUUAAUCGUUCACUUCAUAGAUGCUUUGCCUCCACGUCAUCUAUGUUCUUGUGGGCCCUCUUCCUGAUUGCUCUCAUGGCCUCGUACAUGAGUUUUGCCAGCUUCGUCGAUUCGGGUCAUAAAUAUUUCAAUGCUUCUUGGGGCGGUAUUCAAUGGGAGAAACAAGUCCGUGAUUCGGCCCAGAUCCGGCGGCCCAAUGGCAUGUCCGUACUUGUCACCGGCGCGGCCGGUUUCGUCGGGUCCCACGUCUCCUUAGCUCUGAAGAAACGAGGAGACGGCGUCGUUGGACUCGAUAAUUUCAACAGCUAUUAUGACCCUUCGUUGAAGAAAGACCGAAAAGCCCUCCUCAAUUCGCAUAAUGUCUUCAUCGUCGAAGGUGACGUCAACGAUCAGAAGCUCCUCGCCAAGUUGUUCGAUGUGGUGGCGUUCACACACGUCAUGCAUUUGGCGGCCCAGGCCGGUGUGCGUUACGCGAUGGAGAAUCCACAGUCUUAUAUCCACAGCAACAUAGCUGGGCUUGUUACGCUUCUCGAGGCCUGCAAAAAUGCCAACCCACAGCCCAGAAUUGUGUGGGCCAGUUCCAGUUCGGUUUACGGGUUGAACGAGAAGGUUCCUUUCUCCGAAUCGGAUCGGACCGACCAACCCGCUUCUCUCUACGCGGCCACAAAGAAAGCAGGCGAGGAGAUCACCCACACUUACAACCACAUUUACGGCCUUUCCAUUACUGGGCUACGGUUCUUCACCGUUUACGGCCCAUGGGGCAGGCCCGACAUGGCGUAUUUCUCGUUUACCCGGAAUAUUUUGCAAGGAAAGCCCAUCACAGUUUAUCGGGGCAAGAACCAGGUCGACUUGGCCCGGGAUUUCACUUACAUCGAUGAUAUCGUGAAAGGGUGUGUCGGGUCAUUGGAUACCGCGGGUAAGAGUACCGGGUCGGGUGGCAAGAAGAAAGGACCCGCCCCUUACCGGAUAUUCAACUUGGGUAACACGUCACCCGUAACGGUACCCACUUUGGUCAACAUAUUGGAAAGACAUCUGAAAGUCAAGGCGAAGAAGAACAUAAUCGAUAUGCCUGGAAACGGUGACGUUCCGUUCACCCAUGCGAAUAUAAGCCUGGCCCAAAGAGAACUCGGGUAUAAACCGACGACCGAUUUGCAAACCGGGUUGAAAAAGUUCGUUAGAUGGUAUUUAUCAUAUUAUGGUUAUAAUCAUGGGAGGCCUGUAUAUUAAGGUAAUUAAUCUUUUAUUUUUUUUGGGUUGGUUAAUUGUUUAGAAAUUUACUGGGGUUUCGAUUUGUCUUUUGGUAAAUUUGAUGGCGGUAAAAAAAUGGGGGAAAAACAGUGGGGAGAAAGUGCGUGCAGCAAAGGAGAGAACAAGGAUAUGUUAUGGGAAAUGUAGACGAUUCUUUUACUUGUGGCUUGACAAAAGGUUCCUCAAUUUAAAUUUGCUCCUGUCUUGUUGUAAGCGCUUGAAAGAGGGAAGGGAUUAGAUACGAGUAUGUAAUUCUUUUUGUUAUUACUCCCUCCGUCCCUUUUUAUCUGUCCAUUUUGGAGAAAAAAACACAUACCAAGGAAUAAUUGAUUGUAUAAACUUUUUCAUUAAA